CCCACGGAAACGCCCAAACGUUCUUUUACUCGUCACACACAACCGUCGAACGGUCCCAAUCAACCGCCGGGUCGGAACCAAACACGACGUACACCAUCACAAGCAGCGCCGUACCCGUGGUCACGGCCCCUCUCACACUCGCACCCGCAAUCAGAGAGGCGAUCUCACGCACACAGCACGCUCCACGCACCGGCUCUCACACAGCAACUCCCACCGCAGAACGCACUCCGUCGGGUUCCCCCGACGGGCGCACACGGGUACCGCCCACUGCGAAGCAUCGCGAGACCGGGCCUCGCGGCGCGCGGCAAUCUUUACAGCCAGGAGACUACGUUUCCCAGAAUACACUGCGGCGCCGGCCCAAUCGCUACGCCGCAUCGGCGCGGCUUUGUGCGUCUGCGCCAUCUUCCGGCUCCAGGCGACGAGUUCGCCGGUACCGACAAGAAAGCUCACCUGGGACGACGCGAGGGGGCGCGGUCUCGGUGGCACUCGGACCCGAGAAGGCGGCAGCAGCUGUUUGUGUGCACACAGCUUCUCACGCUGUGAUGUCUGUGCAGCGGCCUCUGUAUGUGUUGAUCAUGGAGGAUGGGAUCUGCUUCAUCUAACUGACCCCCCGGACCCACACUCCAUCUGUGGACUCAAGCUCUGCCCCCUCAGGACUCUGGCCUUCGCCGAGAGGAGGACCCCUCAGCCCAUGACAUUCCAGACGUAAUGUCCAUGGGGUCAGACCUGUUCAGGGAUGUGGCCGUCGUCUUCUCCCGGGAAGAAUGGGAGCGGCUGGCGCCUGCUCAGAGGGAUCUGUACAGGGACGUGAUGUUGGAGACCUACAGCCACCUGCGCUCGCUGGAUCUCGCCAUUUCCAAGCCUGAUGUGAUUGCCUUCCUGGAGCAAGGCGAGGAGCCCUGGAGGGCGGAGGAGGCAGCGAGGGAUGGCCUGUGUCCCGCCUCGGAGGCCAGGUCUGAGACUAAGGUGUCACCUCCAGAGCAGCCUGUUUGUGAAGGACAAGCGACCCGGUGGGCGAGACCGGAAAGCCUUCCGAGUUAUGGUCUCAAGUCCUGGAGUCUCCCAGUUGACUGGGAGUGCGAAAGCCAGUUUGACGGACAGCGGGGGAAUCUAGAUGAACGUCUGAGUCACGUGAUCGUCAGGUCUGAAGAAAUGCCCCCUCUCAGCCCACAGGCAUCCCUUACUUUCUGUGGGAAAGUCCAUCCAGGGGACGAGCCCUAUGGGUAUGAUGCAUGUAGGGAAGCCUUCUGGCCAGAGGACUUCCUCAUUCGCCGGCAGGGAAUCCACACCAGCGAGAAACCCUAUCAAUGUAAGGAGUGUGGGAAGGCCUUUAAGUACGGCUCGCGCCUGGUUCAGCACGAGAACAUUCAUUCUGGCAAGAAACCCUACGAGUGCAAGGAGUGUGGGAAGGCCUUCAACUCGGGUUCAAACUUCAUUCAGCACCAGCGGGUCCACACCGGCGAGAAGCCUUACGCGUGUCAGGACUGCGCCAGGGCCUUCGGCCGGAGCUCCCAGCUGAUCGAACAUCAGCGCAUUCAUACCGGCGAGAAGCCCUAUCAGUGCAAAGAGUGUGGGAAGGCCUUCAAUCGGAUCUCGCAUCUGAAAGUCCACGGUAGGAUUCACACAGGGGAGAAGCCCUACGCCUGCAAGGAAUGCGGGAAGACCUUCAGCCACCGGUCCCAGCUGAUCCAACACCAGACUCUACACACUGGCAAGAAGCUCUAUGAGUGUAAGGACUGCGGGAAGGCCUUCAAUCAGGGCUCCACGCUCAUCCGGCAUCAGAGAAUCCACACGGGUGAGAAGCCCUACGAAUGUCAGGCCUGCGGGAAGGCGUUCCGGGUGAGCUCACAGCUGAAGCAACACCAGAGAAUCCACACGGGAGAGAAACCCUACCCGUGCAAGGCGUGUGGGAGGGCUUUCAAGCGGGUCUCGCACCUCGCCGUGCAUUACAGGAUCCACACGGGGGAGAAACCCUACGUGUGCCAGGCCUGUGGGAAGGCCUUCAGCCACGGCUCCCAGCUGACUCAGCAUCAGGUUGUACACACCGAGGAGAAGACCUAUGACUGUAAGGAAGGGAGGAGGACUUUCGAUCGUGGUCCCGCUACUCUUCGACGUCAGAGAAGGCAAAGUAGAGAAACACAGGUGAAUGUGAUAAACGUAGAAAAGCCUUCCAUCAGCACUUGCCCCUUGUUCAUCAUCAGAGAACUUAUGUUCGCAAGCAGCCAUAGGAAUGGAAGUGAUGGGGAGAGCCCAUUGGCUUAUGCUAGUCAUGCAAUUGAUGAAUGGAAGUAAAAAGGAGACCCCCAUUGGCUUAGGCUAGUCAUGCAAUCCAUGAAUGGAAGUAAUGGGGAGAGCCCAUUGGCUUAGGCUAGUCAUGCAAUCCAUGAAUGGAAGUAAUGGGGCAAACCCAUUGGCUUAGGCUUCUCAUGCAAUCCAUGAAUGGAAGUAAUGGGGAGAGCCCAUUGGCAUAGGCUAGUCAUGCAAUACAUGA